GCCCCCAGAAAUCUGAUUUAUUUUGUUCUGUGAUGGCUUCAUCUUACUAGUUUAUAUUGUUCCUACUUUUCUUUAUUAUUAAUUAACUAAUAAUUAUUUUUAUUUUAGUAGGAAGUUUAGCUAUCUAAUUCAGGCUGGCUAUGGGUUCAUAACCCCCCUGCUUUAGCUUCCCAAGUACCGAGAGGACAGCCUAUGCUACCACACCUAGCUCUUAUCCCUCGGCUCCUCUCAGUCACUCUGCAUCCCUUCUCUGUACCCCUUAUAAGGGUCCACCUUUUUUUUUUCCCCACUGGGGCUCAAAUUCAGAGCAUUUUCAUGUCUACCAGAAAGAACAUUUUCAGCCCCAUUUUAACUUCAUCUGACUCCUGGCUCUGGGUUACCCAGCAGGCAAAUGCCAGUGUGGCCUCAGAGUCUUGUCCUUUUCCCUCUUCCUGGCUUGGCUUCGAUGCCUUGUCACAUGUGUGAGGCAUAUGGCUGGGACUUUCUUGUCCCUGCCAGGCUUUGUAUGUUAAAGGUUGCUGGAGCCACUUGAAAGGCUAUUGGUGUGAGAGAAGCCAGGCUUAGCUUGCUAGGGGACUGGUAAAGCCUGUGGCUGAGGCUGCUUCCUCGUUUGUCAGAAGUCUAAAGCCGAUCAGAGGGCAGAAAAGAGACCUUUCAUCCACUCUGCUGCUCCCAUUGGCUUGUUAGCUGAUGCCCAGCUCCUUGGAGACAGAGAACACACAGGGCUGGGUGCCUGUCCUGAAUGCACACCACCAAGCAACUCCUUUCCAGGAAGGUGGGCACUCUUCCUGAGAUGCCAGAAACGGAUACAUUUGGGUCAAAAUACUCAUAAGCUCAUUAAAGCUCUCCCUUUCAGCCACAGGGUGUGCUGGUACUGUUGUCCCUGAGGCAAAAGCCUGAGGGGAAAGGAUUAUGGUCCUGAGUAUGUAGCAAGAUUUUAUCUCAAAAAAAAAAAUAGUUAAACUAAAUAGAUUGAUCUGGAGUAUGUGGCAAGGGAGGCCUUAUCUCAAAAAUAAACAAAACCAAAACAUAAAAACAGGGACUGGAGUGAAGAGUCAGAGGUUAAGAGCACUGGCUGCCCUUUUAAAGGACCCAGGUUUGAUUCCCAGCACCCACGUGGUAUUUCACAGCUGUCCGUAACGCCAGUUCCAGGGGCCUCCAAGGGCUCUGCACACGUGUGUACACAGACAUACAUGCAUCAGAACACCUGUAUACACAUGUUUUAAAGCACACAAUUGAGCGAGCACUAAACCACCCAUCUCUUUGAAUGGUCCUUUAAGGUCUGCCGAGAUGCCCAUCGCGGUGGAUGACGUCAUGAAGCUGCUGUGUUCCGUUUCCCAGAAGAGACAAAUGAAGGCGGCCGUCAAGCACUCCGGGAGGGGUGCCUUGGUUGCAGGGACAGUGGCCUUCGUCGGUGGUUUGGUUGGUGGCCCACCAGGAAUUGCUCUUGGGGGGACAGUUGGGGGCCUGUUAGGUGCCUGGAUGACGAGUGGGAUCUUAAUGGAACUGCCCCCUGCUGAACAGCAGAAACUCGUUAACGAAGCCAAGGCCGUCAUCGGGAACUUGGACUGGACAGACACUGUACAGCUCACUGCUCUGGUCAUGAGCAACCAGGCCAUGCAGCAGAAGCUCUUGACCGUGCUAGCUACCUACAUCACCAAGGAGCUGCAGGCAGAGAUCCGCUAUGAUGACUAGGCCACUCUUCCUGGGGGAUGCCUGGCAGGUACCUCUGGGAAACCUGCAUAUCGUCAGCAUUGACUGUAAGCUGGAGUGCCAGUACACCCUGUUGGACCGUCCCCUCUGGAGAGGUGUGUGCUAUGGAAAGGCACCGGCUGUUGGCAUUCACAAACAGCUUGGGAGUCCUCCUGAUCCUGUGGCUCUAACAGAAGUUCUUACAUGGGCUGGCCAGCUGUGCCGGAUGCCCCUCUUCCUGUGAAGAGG